AUGCCGGGGAUAAGCAGUUUGGCUUCCCUUCCACUUUCCGGCCAUCCUGAGCACUACGGUACUGUGGAGGCGGCCUGCCCUGUAUGGCAGCACUCUUUGCCGCAGCCCCUGUUUCCAGGUAACCCCGUAGGCAAGCCUACUCUACCCUCUUUUGAUGUAUGCAAAAGGGCCAAAGACAAUUAUUAUGUAUUUACUGUGACGCCGUCAAUGCAGAUGUCCACUAUUGAGGCAGAGAUCCACCUACAGUAUGAGGGGCCCAAUAAAAACACAUAUAUGUCAAGCAAAGGAAAUGCCGUUCUUGUAGUGUGCAUACAAGGCUCGGAGGAUGAUUUCCCGUCGCUGGCUUCAAAGCCCUGGCUUAAGGUCCUCACGGGGGCCAACAACACCAGAGAAAUGGCCAAUGGAACAACCCUUGGAACUCUUGAGUAA